AUGCAGCUGCGCAUUUACGCCAUGUAUCACAAGUCCAAGAAGAUUCUGGCUUUCACGGUGGUCUGCUUUAUCGUACAAAUUGCAGCCACUUUGACAGUCCUGGUGAUGGACUUCGAUCACAUCUUAACAUUUACCAAUCAACCCAUACCCGGGUUCCUCAACAUGUGCACAGUGUCCAGUGUCAAUAAAAGCUUCACGGCCAUCUAUGCGCCUCUCUUUUGUUUCGAGAUUCUACUCUUCGUCCUUGCCAUAUCGGCUGUCUUCAAGGCACACGAGAAAGACCCAUGCGGUUGCCGGGAAGAGACUUCACAGCACGAUGGCGACGCUGAUCAGCGAAAUGCUCGGAUGUGCGAUUGCCUCGGGAUUGUAUCUUGGUCUUCCGCCGAUUUACCUGGUGAUCACGAAUUCAAUCCUUAUUGCAACUACAAUCAUCCUUGGAAGCCGGCUCGUGCUUGGCACACGUAA